AGAUUAUAAAUGGCCAAGCAUCUGACGGGUGGUGGCUCAUUCGCACCAACGGCUGCAGCGGCAAAAGCUCGAAAUAGAAACGUGUCGCGAUCACCCUAAACGGUGGGGUUUUAUUGGAGUUUUUGCAAAAAUUUGUUUCAGUGUCGAGUGCAUGGCAAACCGUCUUUCGUCCUUAAAGGAAUAUGUCAAAAAGGAUCUCCGAAAAGGAAAACAUUUUUGUAACAAAAUAGGCUUUAUAUCGCAAUCAGGGAAACUAAUUCAGACUUGAAUCCUUCUCACAUCCGUUAUGUGUUCCAAGGCUCUGCUGCUCCUGGCCGCCAUUCUAGCUGCUCGCUGUUUCGGCAGCGGCUCUUCCAGACGAACGCUCGUCCUGGCCUGCGACGAUGCCGAGGCCAUGGAGGCGGCAUCAUCAUCGAUGGAGGAGGCAACACCGCCACUCGCUGGCAACAAUAGAUAUAGCUUUAGGAGUACGGGCAGUAGAAACAACUACGGCGAUUACAACUACAAGUGGGAGCAUGGCGGGAAUGUCGAUGACAUUGCGGAUAGCAGCAGUAGCAGCAGUAGUGGCAGCACCCAGGACAACGAGGACAACAAUGACAAUGACAGCUAUAACUACAACAAAGCACCGGCCAAAUGGCAAAAGCAAAAACUCUACGGAAAUCCCAUCCACAGCAUACACGACUUGCAGCAACAGCAACAUCUACGCCAGCAGCAGGAGGAGCAACAGGGACAGCAACAGGGACAGUCACAGGAACAGUUUGAUGAUGAUCCCGUGAAUGCUCGCAAUGACUUCCGUCUGCAAUUGUCCGACUUAAAUGAGGCCGUUCCAGGUGUGGGCAGGUUUGUUGUUGCCCAGGACCAUGACAGUCCCAACCACUGGCUGGAAACGGAGGAGGAACGAGAGCAGGAGCAGGAGGAGAAGAGGCGAGUGGAGGAGCAAUUCCUGCUGGCACGUCGCAGCCGCAGCAGCAGCUACAGUCGAAGAAGGGCAGACGGGGAUGAGCCCGAAGCUGGCGUAGAACCAGGUCAACCGGAGUACUAUGAAAAUGAGUGGCCAGCGGAACGCAAUGACGGUGUGGAUGUCGAAGGCGAAGAGGAUUAUGCUGUGGUCUCCGAUGGUCAAGCGGAGGAUGCGAAUGAGCUGAGUGCGCAGCUGCCUUAUGGAAUCCAGAAUGUGCGCAAGCGUCGAGUGCGCAGUGUGAUGCCACCGCCUCCACCGUUUCUGGGACCCAAUCCCAGUCCCGAUGGGGUGGUCACCUAUCAGUCUUUGUGCCCCACAAAUCGGGUGACCGUGAAGCUGGAAAGCGGUGAAUACCGUCCAAAUCACUAUGUGGAGGUGACCUGUGCCCACAACUACGCGCCACUGCCAGCCCGGAGCCACAGCUUCGAGUAUGGUUACAGGGGCAAUGAACUGCUCCGAGCUCUGCUCUCCGAACGCAGCGAGAAGCGAGAGAUCUGCUCGGCGACGGGCUUCUCUUGCAUCCAACUCAACCGCACCAUUCACCUGAUCCGGCUGAACGACGCCUCCGGCUGCUGGGAAUCCGAGACCCGGACCGUGCCCUCUGGCUGCGAGUGCAUGUGGCCGAAGCACAGUUAUGGGGACAUUGCCGCCUACCAUCAGGCGCAGAAGCGGCGUAGCGGUGCCUUGGGGCUAAGGCCGCAUCCCUCGCUCAAUGUGGACUACAAGCCAGGCGUGGGCUACCGCCAGUUGACUCUGCGAACAAGGAGCCCCAAGGCCCCGGUGCCGCGCAAUCGCCGCGAGGAUUUGGGCUACGAGAGCUAUGAGUUCAACUAGUUGUACCUUUUUUCGAGGAGCCCAGAAGAAGCAGCCCUAAUUGGUUUAGCAACUAAGUUAAAAACUGCAUAAAUUAUUUUUCGCUUUAACUUUAACUUUAGUAUUUAGUCAAGAGAGAGAGAGAGGUGUCGUGGUGUAUGAAAUAAACGAACUACAAUGGAGCAAACCCCAAGCAAAGAGGGUAAAAUGGUAA